AUGAAUAGACGUCGAAGUGACGGUACAACAAUUAACUCUUGCUUCCUUAGUAGAAUAUACAAGAGUAUAUAUAUUACUAGAAGUAAUCAACAUAGUAAUGCAGACUCGAUAAGUUUGCUUAGAAACUUGAUUGUAUUCUUGCCCGGCAGAUAUGAUGACUCUGAAUUCAUAUCAGAAGCAUAUUGGAUAUCUUCAACGAUUAUGUUAUCACACAAUCAAUCAAAGACAUCAACCGAAGAAAUCAUCCCUCCACCAUACUACUUGUCAAUACUCAAAUGGAUAGCAGUACUACAAAACAUAGAAUUAACCUGUGAAGUAUAUGCUAGUACAAAAUUUAAAAAGAAAUCAAAUAGAUGGUUAAUCAUUAUAUUAUUGGAAGCUUUAAAAGCAUUUUUAAGAUUAAAAUUAUUAAUUAAAACCAAUGGUAAUAUGUUGGUAUAUCAUUCAUUUCAUGUACCAACCAAAGAUGUACAAGAAUUUACACAAAAGGCCAGAGUGGCAUCGAAUUCAUCGAGAUUUAUUGAAGGCUCACGAAAGACAUUACAAGAUCAAAUCAUUGAACAAAACGAACUGAAAAUUAAAGAGGAAGAGGAGGAAUCGACACUUUUAUCUAUGCUCCCACCAUGCUCUCCUCCAGACUAUCCCACCAAGGUGAUUGGAGAGUUGUUGUUCAUUUUUAGACCAUUGGCAUACUGCGUUGCACAUUGGAAAUAUGGAAAGAAAUCAUGGAAACCUUGGAUUCUAUCAUUGGUCAUGGAAGGUGCUAGCAAAUUCUUUAGUGAAUUUGGUUCCAACAAGGAGUAUCUUUCUGAUUUGGAAUCAAUCGAAUUAAAAAGAAGACGAGGAUUAUUUAUAUAUUAUUUAUUACGAAAUCCAUUCUAUGAUAAGUUUAUUGGAUGUUCUGAAAGAGAUAAUAAGCGUGAGGUUGAUUCAUUGAUAAUGUUUAGAGAAAGAGAGAGAGAGAAGAUGAAAAAGGAUGAACCAGCACUAUUACAGUUAUCAGUCGGUGCAGCAUCUGGUGUGUUGGCCGACUCUAUCAUGCAUCCAAUCGAUACCAUCAGAGCUAGAUUACAAAUUGAAAAAGUAGGACAACAACAAUAUAAAGGAACUAUAGAUGCAUUUCAAUCAAUCAUUAGAAAAGAGGGAUGGAGGUGUUUAUACAAGGGAUUCCCUAUCGUUGUCACUGCAACCAUACCAGCACAUGCAUUAUAUUUCUAUGGAUACGAAUACAGUAAAAAAGAGCUGGCCAAGGUGCCCAGUAUAGGCAAUGGCAUCAUCAACCAUUUUACAUCGGGGUUGGUGGCCGAUGUUGCUGGUGCAAUGAUUUGGACACCAAUGGACGUCAUCAAACAACGAUUACAAGUACAAAAGGCACAAGUUGCAGCUGGAACUACAUUUUAUAGGGGAUCAUUCCAUGCAGUCAACGUUAUAUACAGAGAGGAGGGUAUUAGAGGUUUUUAUAGAGGUUUUUUACCAUCAUUGGCUACAUUUGGUCCGUUGGUUGGUAUUUACUUUGCAACAUAUGAACAAACAAAACGAUGGAUGGCCACAUCGAUCACCAAGAAACCAGAUCAAGUUCUUCCACUUCCACUCUUGUUGGGUGCUGGAUUUUUCGCCGGAACCGUAGCUGCUGCAGUCACAUGUCCAUUAGACGUCAUUAAAACUAGAAUUCAAGUGGCGCGAGCCAAUGAAUCAACCUAUAAAGGUAUUAUAGAUGGAUUCAAAAGAAUUCUUAAAGAAGAAGGUCCAAGAGCUUUUGUCAAAGGUAUGGGUGCUAGAAUUCUAUGGAUUGCUCCUGGUAAUGCUAUUACUAUUGCUUCAUAUCAAAUGGUAAACGGGUACUAG